AUGGACAAAGAAGUCCUUUGUCCCAAUAAGACCACCCUAAGGGAGUAUAGAACCAAUCGACUGGGUGAGUUGGGUUAUGCAUAUGAGAAGCGAACGGGUGGACAGAGACAUCAAAAGAAACCGUACUGUACAGGCACUCCGUUCGCCCUCAAUGAGGGUAUACCGAAAAGGGCAAAAGCGGGCCGGUGGGCGCACACAGUGGCUGGGCACACACAUCCCCUUUAUCACUACAAAAUACGCAUACAUGUAUAA